AUGGCUAGUAGUGGAAGCAUGUUCGGCGGCAGUCUCAGCUUCGAUCAUAGAACGCAAGAAUGGAGCAUUUUUCAAAGCCGUUUUGUACAAUAUUGUGCAGCGAAUGAUAUCGACGAUAACACGGACAAGGCAGGGAUAAAACGCCGUGCGUUGUUACUCACGGCGCUGGCUGAAGAUACCUACCGAAUAGCGAUCGAUUUGACCUUCCCGACCUCUGUGGAGGUUAUCAACUACAAAGCUUCCUUUGGCGAGCGGCUCAAAUUCAACUCGGCACAACAACGACCGGGUGAGGAGUUAGCGGAAUGGGCAGCUCGAGUGCGGAAUUUGGCUAAACAUUGUGGGUACAAAACUGAACUGGAAACAAUGCUUCGAGAUCGUUUUGUUCUCGGUAUGGUGCCUUCGAAGGAGAAAGAAAAGUUAUUUGCUGAAAGUGUCGAAACUUUGACCUUUAACCAAGCUUUGGAGAUCGCUCAAGGUGUGCAGUGUGCGCGGCAAGCAUUGCAAGGGGUGGACAUGGAUGCAAGUGGAGGAGUGCUGGCGCAGCCGGUGUUCGCGUUGCGUACAGAGCGCAGUGAGCGCGGCGGCCGCAGCGGCGACGGUGGCGGCAGCGGCGGCGGGACCGGCGGCGGCGGCGCGCCGCGGCCUGGCUCGGCGCCUGCAGCCACGGCGCGAUUUUCGUCGCGAAAUGGUGCGAAUCGGUGUGAUGUGUGUGGUUAUAAAAAUCAUUCAAAAGAUAAGUGUCGAUAUGCCGAGUUCACAUGUAGGAAGUGCAAUCAAAAGGGACAUUUGUUACGGAUGUGUAAAUCGAACGUGAAAAGUAAUUAUUUUUUGGCUGUGGAUGAUGACGACACUGUUAAAGACCUUACAGAGUAAACAAUACGGAGGACAUCGCAGAACUGAUUUCAAAAAAGGAGAUAAAGUUUUAGUUAAGCAGUAUUAUAAUAAUGGUAACAAACAUAUUUGGCAAUUUGGGAUCAUAUCUAAGGAAAUCGGUUCUAGGAUGUACAACGUGUUAUUACCGGGAAGUAAACAGUAUGUAAAGAAACAUGUGGAUCAAAUUUUAGCUUAUAGAGGCUCGGAUAAAACUUAUGAGGUUGAUGAUGUAAGCAUUAUUGGAAGCUUUGAACAAGAAUAUGAGAAGAGCACAGAGGGCCAAGAAGAUUGCAUAUACGAGCAACAAGAUCAAAACAGCGAUUCUUCAUUUCAAUCAUUACCGGAGAACAACAAUAAUAGUAUGAUGUCCAAAUUGGGAGAGGAGCGAGCUGGUGGGGAGGAGAGAAUAUUAAGUGAUAACAGCGCGUCGAGUCCGAUACCUCUAGGUUCGGAUCCAGUGCAGCCUCUCAAUGUGCCAUCAACUGAUAAUAAUGAACACACCUUGCGUCAAAGACCCCUUAGAGCGACUCGGAAAAAAAUAAAUUAUAAAUUGUAAUUGAGAUAUUUUAGGCUGUUCAUUGUUUUAGAUAAUUUUAUACUACUGGUGGAGGGAUGUGAUGUUUGUGGGUACAUCAUUAAUGUGUGACAUUUGUAAAUGUGUACCUACCUCUCAACUGGGAUUUGUCAGUCUGUUGCCGGCAUUAAAACGUAUAGCUGAUUAACUGCGUAUAUAUUUGAAACUAUAUCCCUAAAC